UUCACAAUUCAAAACUAAAGGCGCUCAAAGCAGACAGCGAACAUUUUCCCUCCUCCUUUUUCUCAAUCCACUUCUCGCUCGUAACAAAGCCGAAGACCCAAUUUCCCCAAAUUUUCUUCUCUCUUCCUCAAGGGUUUCUAUCCGUGUUUGUGGAGCAGGGGCUGGCAAAUCUAUGAUUUUGGAGAAAUCUGUUAAGUAGGGUUGUGAACCAAGUGUUAGAGAGUCAAUUGUGAAAUUGGGUUUUGAAUAUUUGGGUUUGAGUUUGUUGCAUAGAGUGAAUUUUCGUGAUGGCCGAGAGGAAUGCUUCUGAUGGGUAUAGGAAACUACGAUCAGUGUUCGGUGAUGUCACGAAUCAGCUUGGCAAGAGGAGAUCUUCAGAGAAAGAAACAUGUGAAAUUAAGAGAAAUAAUUUCAACGAUCAAGAUAAGGUUAAACAGCCACGUGGUUUGCCUCGCCCGUGUACCGAGAUUAACUCAUUGAAAGGGAAUGUUAUAUCGAGUAUUUCAAAAGUGCCCAAUGAAAACAAGGACACAGAUGGUUUAGAUUUUUGCGAGGAUUCUGCUGUUCUCAAGAGCAUAGUUGUAGUUGAAGAUGUCAAAAAUAGGAGCGAAAGUGAGAAUUGUAAAAAAAUGAAGAAUGUUAAAAUAGGUAGUUCAAAAUCUCUUUAUGAAAAUAAGGACCCCAAGAUUGUGGAUCUUAGUAGUGAGGAUUCUGGUUCCAAGAUUGUUAUUCAAGGGGAUGUAGUUGAUAAUGACAUUGCAGAUCGCUGCAAUGCGACCAAUUCUUUUAAGGACAGUGCUAUUUCAGGGAUGGGUAAAAUGUUGAGAGAAAAUACUGUUUACCCUAAUUUAGUAGAACUUGGUGCGGGCAGAGCUUUUAAUCAAAUUGAAAUCGAAGCUGAUGUUUGUGAUGGGAUAGAUUCAUCAAAGGAGUGUGUGAUUACAGGGAUUCCAAAUACAGAUCACAAAAAGAAGUGCUCCAGCUUGAUAGAUACUGGCACUGGCAGAGUGGCUGAGGUUAUUGUGAGCAAUUCAGGAGAUGGUGCAAUGCGCAACUCAAAAAUAUCCAGCAAAAAUGGGAACCUAAAUUUAUUAGAUCUUGACAAGGGUAAAGGUCUCCAUGGUUUAAAUGCUGAAGAUAUUAAUGAGUUCGUUGACAGUUUUGUUACAAAAAUCUCGGUGCCAAAUAGUGAAACUGGUGGUGAUAGUGUUCUUGAUGGAAAGAAUUGCAAUGAUGAUGAAGCCAAAGUCAGUAAUGAAGGCACUCAGAGCGAAACUGAUCGUCAAACUUAUGGGGAUGAUGAUAAUGUUGAUAGUUAUGUCUUGAGUCAGUCUGGGUCCAUUGACUGUAAUAUACUGCCUGAGUCACAAGAAUCUAGAGUGUUUGGAUUAGAGAGAUGCAGUGAACUUAAAAGGGGCAAUGAAUGUGCUAAUAUGAGUGGAGAGAUUGACUUGAUCAAAGCAUGCUCUUGUUCUUUUUGCACAAAAGCUGCUUAUAUAUGGUUGGACCUCCACUACCAGGACACCAAAGCUCGAAUUUCUGCAAUAAAGAAGAGCCAAAAAGAAGCAAGCAUUUUGGCUGCAAGAAGCUCUAGGAGUAAGGCAACUGAGAAACAUGGUCUUGGAAACUCCUCUAGAGUUUCAAAGUUAGAAUCUGAUCUGAUGCAUCAGUGGAGGCAUCUCUUCCAACACAUGGUGGACACAUGCGAGCACGAGUCUAACCAGCUUGAAACUAAUCUACUACCACUAGUGGAGUUGAGGGAGCAAUGCAGGACAGAUUUGGAGCACAUUAACGCUUCAUCUUCAGAGAAGCAUUAGUUUUGAUUUGGAGGCUGAGAUUUAUUAGUCAAUUCUACUUGGUUAUUAAAUUUCAUAGCUUUAAAAUUUCUUGUAGAUGCAAAACACCUGCAAGGCAUAUUUGUCUGUUGCAUGAAAAUCCCUUUUACUUGGGAUAUUCAAGCUAUGUACCUUCCUUUUGUUCUGUAUUAGAGGAAUGGCAUGCUUAUGCCUUUUUGUCGAAUUAUAUCGAUUUAGACAUUUAGAGCUUGUUUGUAAACGUUGUCUGAUCAUGAAUGUUAUAUGACUUUGGAUUGUUGGGAGCUCCA